AUGAAUAACUGUUUGUGCGACAACGAUAUGGACAGCAAGUGCAAAGUUUUGUUAGUUGGAUCAGGUGGUGUUGGGACUAUUGCAUCAUAUGCACUGGAGUACGCCGGAAAAACCAAGGUAACGUCCGUUUUGCGCUCAGACUAUGAUCGGGUAUUGGAGAAAGGCUUCUCAAUUAAUUCCUGUGAUUAUGGAAAUGGGCUCAUUUUCAAGCCUAGUAAUAUUGUUAAUAGCGUCGAAGCUAGCAAGAAGCACGGUCCAUUCGAAUAUGUCGUAAUAGCUACUAAGUGCCUUCCCGAAGUUACAAGUAUGAUAGAUGUAAUUGCUCCUGCAAUAACAAAAGACACCGCAAUAGUUCUAGUUCAGAACGGUAUUGGUAUUGAAAUGGAGGCGUUGACUAAAUUUCCUGAAAACGUCGUUCUAAGUGGCGUCAGUAUGAUUGGAUCAGCAAACAUGGGUGGCCACAUUGAGCAUGAAAGCCCUGAUAUGCUCAGAAUCGGAUAUUUUGAAAACAAUAAUAUAAGCCAGAGCCAUCAAGAAGCCGUGUGCAAGAGAUUUGUGGAUCUUUACCAGAAUGACAAAAAUCAGUGUGUUUACGACGAAGAUGUCAAAUUUUCAAGAUGGCGUAAGUUAGUAUACAACGCAUGUUUGAACCCUGUAUGCGCACUCACUGGUGUUGACAUAGGUCGUCUAGAGAUUUGGGGAGGUGUUGAUUCAAUCAUCCGUAAGGCGAUGAGAGAAGUCUUGGCCAUUGCGAAGUCUGAUGGCGUGGUUUUGCCUGAAGACGUUAUAGAGUUCAUGAUUAGAUCAGAUGAUCCAGUCUAUUACCGACCCUCGAUGCUUGUUGAUGCCGACAAACGGAACCUGCUCGAGAUUGAGGUAAUUUUAGGGAAUCCUGUUAGAAUUGCGAGAAAGAAUAAAGUUGAUGUUCCUUUCUUAACUAUUAUCUAUGAGUUGCUCAAAAUAGUUCAAAGCCGGACGAUGGAAGAGAAGGGAAUGAUCACGAUUCCAAAAGAGAGGCCCGUUCCAAAGUAG